AUGAGGCAACUCUGGAGGAUUAUCAAUCUUGCCGCCAACACCAUCCAGACCUUCUUCCCAAGCAACGAGUCCAUGUCCACAAGCUUGGCGUCAGAUCUUCGUGCGACUCCCGUGAUCCAACAAGUCGCUGAAGCCUCCUUCCGCAAGACCCAAACCCUCUACGAUGCCAGCUGUUUCAUCGACUUUGAUAACAAGAACCGACCCUACACCAACAACAAUCUCUUUUCUCAGUCCAUCUCCUAUACCCGUUCCGGUCGCACCUCUAACUAUACCCACCGUACCAGCCUCAUUGACCUUCUAACCCCAAUCGAUCCUGUCCUGUCCACCUUUGCAUGGACAAAUAACGCAUCCAACAUUCGCAUCCUCACCGACGGCCGCUGCGGGUCCGCCUGCGCAAUCUUCACCCAUUUCCUGUCAAACGUCCACAAAGUCGACGCAUACGCUGUCGGCGGCAUCAAGGCUGACCAGCUCUCUAUGUUUUCCUUCCCGGGCGGCAUCGUUUCUAACCGAACGGUUCUUAGGCGCUACUAUACCAAUGCUGGAUUGGCGAGCCCACUUGAACCUUUUCCCUAUUCAACCCACCUUGGAGUGACUGUCCUCGAGAUUUAUGCACAUGGAAGUGCGACGCCUUUUGAGUACGAUGCUGCAUUGUAUCCUGCUGCGUACCGGGUGGGGUAUACUACUCAGAACUCUCGGAAUCGGCAGGUUAUGUGGGAAGCGGUUGCUACCCAUGCUUGGAAGAGAAAUAGCACUGUUAUGGAAUGCGAUGAUUUCUAG